AAGAUUUCAUGCAACACCUAACCAAAACCAAUUUUUAAAAAUGGCGGGAAAGAGUGUCGUUUCAGGGAAACCUUGGAAAGCAUCGAAGGCGGCAUAUCGCCGAUCAGGAUUGGCUCCUACGCAGAAAACUUCAUAUGAAAAGCGAAUGGAAGAAAGAAGAAGAGUGCAAGAAGCAAAAGAUCGCGAACAAAAGUUGAGAGAUGAAAAAGAAGAAGAGAGAUCCGCACAUGCUCAAAAAAUUCGAGCACGUCGUGAAGCUAAAGCUGAAAAGGAAAGAAUGGAGCUUUUGCAGUCUAAGUUUCAUCAAAAGGUUAUUGACCGUCGGAGACGCAGGGAAAAGCGCAACAAAAUGCUUAAAGAGCGGUAAUAGCAGUAUUUACUUAUUAAACAUUUUUAUAUUUAAUAAAAGGCUUUUUUCGGUGGUUGGUAAAAAACAAAAAAGAAAAAAAAUGUAUUCUUUUUCUUUCAAG